CUCAUCUCUGCUUCCCCCCCCCCUUUUCUUUUCUUUGUUCCUCUGUGUGUGUUUUCCCUAUGCCUCUCUGAUCUCUCUAUAUUUCCAUCUUGAUCUCUCUGAGGCUCUGAUCUCUCUCUUCUCUCUUUCAUGUAUUUCUCUCUUUCCUGUCUGUUUCUCUCUGUCUCUGUCCUUUCCUCUGUGUGAGAGUCUUUCUUUUCCUCUCCCAGCCAGAGUCUCUCCCUACCCCUCCCUCCCUCUCUCCCUCUCUGUCUGGGCCUCUCUGUUCCUCCUCCCUCCUCCCUCCCCCUUCUGCAUUAUCAGACCUGCUCCAACCUCCUCCCAGAGCCAGCCUAGCGGCAGAGGCAGUGGCAGCAGGAGAGGUGGAAGCAACUGGGGCAGCAGCAGCACGAGAUUGGGGUAUUGAGUCCAGGCUGAGUUGGGGACAGGCUACCGCUCUUGGUCCCCGUGCCUACCGGGCCAGGCACCCUGCCUGGAACCCCGGGCAGGGUGGACAGGGCGAGGUGCCACCUUAGUCUGGCUGGGGAGGCAGACGAUGAGGAGCGAUGGGGCAGGCAUGCGGCCACUCCAUCCUCUGCAGGAGCCAGCAGUACCCGGCAGCGCGACCGGCUGAGCCGCGGGGCCAGCAGGUCUUCCUCAAGCCGGACGAGCCGCCGCCGCCGCCGCCGCCGCCGCCGCAGCCAUGCGCCGACAGCCUGCAGGAUGCUUUGUUGAGCCUGGGUGCUGUCAUCCACAUUGCAGGCUUCCGGCGGGCUGUCAAGGAGGCCCUCUCGGCCGUGCUCCCCAAAGUGGAGACGGUCUACACCUACCUACUGGAUGGGGAGUCCCGGCUGGUGUGUGAGGACCCCCCCCAUGAGCUGCCCCAGGAAGGAAAAGUCCGAGAGGCUGUGGUCUCCCGGAAGCGGCUGGGCUGCAAUGGAUUGGGCCCCUCAAAUCUGCCGGGGAAGCCCUUGGCCAGGCUGGUGGCUCCACUGGCUCCUGACAGCCAAGUGCUGGUCAUGCCGCUGGUGGACAAGGAGGCUGGGGCUGUGGCGGCCGUCAUCCUGGUGCACUGUGGCCAGCUGAAUGACAGUGAAGAGUGGAGCCUGCAGGCAGUUGAGAAGCAUAGCCUGGUGGCCCUGCGAAGGGUGCAGGCCCUGCAGCAGCGCGGGCCCGGCGCUGCCCCGGGGGCGGUCCCGAACCCCCCGGCGGGCGGUGCGGCGUACACCGACCGGGACCGGAAGAUCCUGCAGCUGUGCGGGGAACUCUACGACCUGGACGCCUCUUCCCUGCAGCUCAAAGUCCUCCAAUACCUGCAGCAGGAGACCCAGGCAUCUCGAUGCUGCCUCCUGCUGGUGUCCGAGGACAAUCUCCAGCUUUCCUGUAAGGUCAUCGGAGAUAAAGUGCUGGAGGAAGAAACCAGCUUUCCGUUGACCACAGGACGCCUGGGCCAUGUGGUGGAAGAUAAGAAGUCUAUCCAGCUGAAAGAUCUCACCUCUGAGGAUGUGCAACAGCUGCAGAACAUGUUGGGCUGUGAGCUGCAGGCCAUGCUCUGCGUCCCUGUCAUCAGCCGGGCUACAGACCAGGUGGUGGCCUUAGCCUGCGCCUUCAACAAGCUUGGAGGAGACUUGUUCACGGAACAGGAUGAGCGAGUGAUCCAGCACUGCUUCCACUACACGAGCACCGUGCUCACCAGCACCCUGGCCUUCCAGAAAGAGCAAAAGCUCAAGUGUGAGUGCCAGGCUCUUCUCCAAGUGGCAAAGAACCUCUUCACUCACCUGGACGAUGUCUCUGUCCUGCUCCAGGAGAUCAUUACAGAGGCCAGAAACCUCAGCAACGCUGAGAUCUGCUCCGUGUUCCUGCUGGAUCAGAACGAGCUGGUGGCCAAGGUGUUCGACGGGGGUGUGGUGGAUGACGAGAGCUACGAGAUCCGCAUCCCCGCUGACCAGGGCAUUGCGGGCCACGUGGCAACUACCGGCCAGAUCCUGAACAUCCCGGACGCGUACGCGCACCCGCUUUUCUACCGCGGCGUGGACGACAGCACCGGCUUCCGCACGCGCAACAUCCUCUGCUUCCCCAUCAAGAACGAGAACCAGGAGGUCAUUGGUGUGGCCGAGCUGGUGAACAAGAUUAACGGACCAUGGUUCAGCAAGUUCGACGAGGACCUGGCGACCGCCUUCUCUAUCUACUGUGGCAUCAGCAUAGCCCAUUCCCUCCUCUACAAGAAAGUGAAUGAGGCCCAGUAUCGCAGCCACCUGGCCAACGAGAUGAUGAUGUACCACAUGAAGGUCUCUGAUGAUGAAUAUACCAAACUCCUCCAUGAUGGAAUCCAGCCUGUGGCUGCCAUUGACUCCAACUUUGCCAGUUUCACCUAUACCCCUCGCUCUCUGCCCGAGGAUGACACUUCCAUGGUGAGCUGGCCCUCCCCGACUUGACUGCAGAGGCAGAGGGUGUGCAGCCAGGCUUAAGUUAGAUGCCCCUCUGCUGCCCUCUCUCCUCCCCCCAGGUUCUGUUUGAUGGUGAAGAAGGGCUACCGGGAUCCCCCCUACCACAACUGGAUGCACGCCUUUUCCGUCUCCCACUUCUGCUACCUGCUCUAUAAGAAUCUGGAGCUCACCAACUACCUCGAGGACAUCGAGAUCUUUGCCUUGUUUAUUUCCUGCAUGUGUCAUGACCUGGACCACAGAGGCACAAACAACUCCUUCCAGGUGGCCUCGAAAUCUGUGCUGGCUGCACUCUACAGCUCCGAGGGCUCUGUCAUGGAGAGGCACCACUUCGCUCAGGCCAUCGCCAUCCUCAACACCCACGGUUGCAACAUCUUUGACCACUUCUCCCGGAAGGACUAUCAGCGUAUGCUGGACCUGAUGCGGGACAUCAUUUUGGCCACCGACCUGGCCCAUCACCUCCGCAUCUUCAAAGACCUCCAGAAGAUGGCUGAAGUGGGUUAUGACCGAACCAACAAGCAGCACCAUAGCCUCCUCCUCUGCCUCCUUAUGACCUCCUGUGACCUCUCUGACCAGACCAAGGGCUGGAAGACAACGAGGAAGAUUGCAGAGCUGAUCUACAAAGAGUUCUUCUCCCAGGGAGACUUGGAGAAGGCCAUGGGCAACAGGCCGAUGGAGAUGAUGGACCGGGAGAAGGCCUACAUCCCCGAGUUGCAGAUCAGCUUUAUGGAGCACAUCGCAAUGCCCAUCUACAAGCUGCUCCAGGACCUGUUCCCCAAGGCGGCAGAGCUGUAUGAACGUGUGGCCUCUAACCGUGAGCACUGGACCAAGGUGUCUCACAAGUUCACCAUCCGCGGCCUCCCGAGCAACAACUCGCUGGACUUCCUGGAUGAGGAGUACGAGGUGCCUGAGCUAGAUGGCACCAGAGCCCCCGUUAAUGGCUGUUGCAGCCUUGACGCUGAAUGAGCCCUGCCCGGGACCCUUCCCUGCCCAGGCCUUCUCUUACAGCCCUCCACUGGCCUGGCCCAGUGCCCUGGGCCCAGAGCCACAGGUCCUAGGUUCUAAUCCAGGACUUACCGUGCAACCCUGGGCAAGUACCGACCUUCCCGGGCCUCAGCUUUUCUGUCUGUAUAAUGGAAGCAAGACUUCCAGCCUCGCCAAGACUUUGUCAUUUGUCCGCUGAGAGCACAGGGGUGACUGAUGAGCAGUGGGCCCUGAUCUGUGCCUCUGACCUUGUCUUGGCAAGUCCUCCCCAGCCACUCCUCCUCUGAGGCAGCCUGGGUGGUUUCUCCUGGUCCCCAUUCCUGUCCCUACCAGAUCUGGCCCUCUCCCUCUUCCAGGGUCCUCCUGUAAGGAGAAUGUGGGACACCUGAGUGAGCAGAGAGUGGAUCUAGAAACAGUCAUUAUCCACAAGGCUGAAGGCACGCCCUUAGGAUUGCCACUAUAUGUAUGGGGGCAUUGGAACCUGAAGAGCUGUGGGGGCCCCACAUGGAAGCUGCCAGAGGCCCUCCUCAGUGCUCUGGGCAGAGGACGCUCAGGAAGAAAGCAAGAUGGGAAUGGUGGGCAGGAAGGAUACCGAGGCUAAAGACAGGCUCCAGUUGAGUCAAUAAUCCUUUCUCCUGGCUGUGUGACCCUGGGCAAAUGACUUUCCUAUUUGGGUGAGACAGGAGAGUAAGACAAUCCAUUUUCUAAGACCCCUUUUAGAUCAAAGUCCCCAUGGCUCUGUGGAGUCCCAGGAGAAGCCGUGGAAUGUCCCUGCCACCCUCGGGCAAAGAGCCAACCCUAAGUCCUACAGUGGCCCCCUGAGUGUCCCCCCUCUCAGCCCAAGCCCUUCCCCAUUUCUGCAGCCAGAGAGGGCUGCCUCAGCCCUAGCAGCAGGGCUCCUAUCUUCUUCAAGGCCAUAUCUACCCGUGCCCUGGGGCUUGGGAGACCCCCAUAGGGCCGGGCCUCUUGGGUCAGCCCGGCCGCUGGCUUCUCCCUUCUCUGUGUUGUUCUGUGUUGUGGGGUGGGGGGAGGGGGGCCACCUGCCUUACCUAUUCUGAGUUGCCUUUAGAGAGAUGCGUUUUUCUAGGAUUCUGUGCAACUGUUGUAUAUGGUCCUGUGGGCUGACCGCUUUGUACAUGAGAAUAAAUCUAU